CGUUACGCCCGCGACAACCUCACCGGCCCAGCGCGCGUGCAACAAUGGCCGAAGCAGUAAAGGCGGCGGCCCGCCAAUUACCGGCGUUCAAGCUGGGGCAGAAGCAGGUGUUUCUACCAAACCAUGUCAUCACCUUCCUCCGCAAGGAGCACCUCCCCCCGAACGAAGCCUGCUUCCAGGUGCCGCUCCGCUUCACCAAGUUCGACCUGCGAGACUACCUGUGGAACCUGUACGGCGUCGAGGUGCGGACGGUGCGCUCGUACGUCAAGCCGCAGCCGCUCACGCAGCGCGACUCGCACUCGCGGUCCUGGUACCGCCCGCGGCCGCUCAAGAUCAUGACGGUCGAGCUGGCCAAGCCCUUCCAGUGGCCCGAGCUGCCGACCAACCUCGAGCCCUGGAGCAACGAGCUGUGGAAGAUGCGCGAGGACCUCAUGGACAAGCGCAACGAGGACCAGGUGCGCCAGCAGUCCUUCCAGAUCCCACUCAAGAGCCAGGAGCCCCAGUCGAAGGAGAGGAAGGAACUGGCCGCGCUGGCCGGCCAGAUGCUCAGGGGCGAGGUCAAGUGGUCCAACGACGCCGUGCUGGACCCCAAAUGGGACGCCGUGCUGGCCAAGAGCGCUGCGGUGGCGCCGCGGGGGACGACACCGAACAAGGACGAGACGACGCUGCCCUGAACUCUCCCGACCGGAUGGAUCAAAAUGAAUAUGAAAGCGAAGGCGACAUUGUAAAGGCAUAUUGAAACAGAGGAUUGCUGCCGCGGCGACGGCAUGGUACCAUGUAUGAUUAGCGGGCACCCACAAAGAUGUACAUUACCGUGGCCAUUGGCUGGGCCACGACUACUGCCGGCAAUGCAAACAAGCCCAAAAAGAAAUCAUGAAUGCUCAUUGAGCCAAAUCAUCC